UGGGAAAUGUAGUGCUAAUUUAGAUACUAGUAUUUAAGUAACUGACGGGCUCCUCGAGGGACUGGCGUUUCCCCAUAACUUGGCUGUUUUAUUCCAAGGCACUACACGCACUGUGCGUAAUUAGACUGUAUAUCUAUAGACUAUGUAACGAUAUAUAUUAUUUUUUCCUGAAGCAAUACUUAUUAGUAAAAAAAACCCAAAAAAACACGAAACGCUGUUAGCCCGUCCCCAAUGAAGCCAAAAAUACAUUACAGGGAAUAAUGAAAUUAAACAGUGCAUUAUAAGUACAUGCUUAGACUUUUGAAAAUGACAAAACAAACACAGGGAAAAUUAGCAUGCGUGAAAUUCACAGAAGUCUGAGACUAUUUUUGAACCUCUGAGACUGGAACCUAAACAAAAUUCGUUUCGGUUUCUCUAUCGGAAGGAAAUCAUUGCGAUACAACCAGGAAGUGACGGAUCCUGAAACAUAUUUUGGAUUGUCAAUUUACAGUUACUUCGCAAUAUAUUUGUAAAACCAUAGCCCCCACAAUGUCUUCCGAUUUUGAAUCAUACGAACAGGAUUUUGGAACGCUGACAGCUGAGAUUACAAAUAAAAUUGGAAGAAUUCCUAAACUCGCUAGCGAGGAGAAGACGCAGCUGGUUUUAAAUGUUGACAAACAGCUUGAAGAAGUCAAAGAGCUGCUGGAGCAGAUGGACCUGGAGGUGCGCGAGAUUCCCGUACAGAGCAGAGGGAUGUACAACAACAGACUGAAGAGCUACAAGCAGGAGGUGGAGAAACUGGAGAAAGACUUUAAAAGGUCACGUAUCGCCUACAGUGACGAGGUGCGGAACGAUCUCCUGGGGGACGGAGGGAGCUCCUCGGAGACUCAGUUGAUAAAGUUACGUGAGGAGAGAGCGCAUCUGUUGGACAACACGGAGAGGCUGGAAAGGUCAUCUCGGAGACUGGAGGCCGGCUACCAGAUCGCCGUGGAAACAGAGCAAGUUGGGCAAGAAAUCCUGGCCAACCUGCACGGUGACCGAGAGAAGAUCCAGAGGGCGAGAGAGCGGCUGAGAGAGACAGACGCCAACUUGGGGAAGAGUUCCAGGAUUCUGACAGGAAUGCUGAGAAGGAUCAUCCAGAACCGUGUCCUCCUCUUCAUCCUGGGAGCCAUCAUCCUCCUCACCAUCAUCCUGGCUCUUUACUUCAACCUGAGAGGACACUGAAGGACCCCGCCCCCUCCCCAACACCACCACUUCUCCCCCCUAGUACCCCCCCCCCUUCCCACAUGAUUAAUAGUGACAGAAGAGUUUGGUCUGGAGUAAUUAGGACAAAUUGGUCACAUGAAUCAUCUUUUAUGCCGUGACAAAGGGGGGUGGGGGGGGUCUCCAGCCAGACCCCUCACACAGACUCUGGACGUCUCUCCCUCGCUCUCUGUCCAUCCUACCGUCGUUAUUGUCAUUCAACUAUCUUUGCACGGGACCCCCCUCCCCCCUGUAGAAACACACAAUCGAUCGCCGUGGCUGUCUGAAGAUUGUUUGAGGUGGUGGUGGGUGUGUGGGGCAGUCGAAAGGUCGGGGGCGGGUGACGCCACCGUCGGCACAUGCAGGUGGCCGCCAUUUUGUUUUGCGAAAGAAGAGUCUCGGGGUAGUCUCUCGGGGUAGCCUCUGUGCGACUGGAGCUCCUUUUUAUACGGUAAAUGUUUCCAUGGACGUGUCCGGAAUGCAUUUAAGGUUUAUUUUAAGCAAUGUCGACCAUCGGGGAUGUGGGCAAUAUAGACAAUAAGACUUGCACAGUUAACUGAUAAAGUCAUCAAAUGCACUGAGGUACAAUGCUUAUUUCAGUAGGUAAAGUAGUAUCACUGGUGACCAUGCUCAUCACAGUUAUAUUGGCACAAAGGGGCUCUGGUCAGUAUCUUGGAGAGGGGUUUUCAAAAAAAUUAUACUCUCAUUCGCAAGUAUGUAUUUUAUGAUAGAAACAAUAAAUACAGUAAAACCAUUCGUUUUUUGCUACACUUAGUUCAUUCCUGUUAUGUUUCAUAAUUGUAUCUCUUUCGAAAUGUGAGCUAACAUGACCAGUCUUGGUUUUUCCUCAUAAUGCACAAUAUCUAUAGCGGAGCAAGCAAAACUUUGGAAAAAAUUACAAUGUUAUUUCACAGAUUGUCAUUUAAUAUAAAUACUCGUAGAGAAUGAAGCUAGUGUGUUUCAGUUGUCCGGCUCAACGUGGUCUGUGUGACCUGGGUCAAAUAUUUAUUUGUUUUGGAUUCAAAUACUUUUCCACGCUUUACUGAGCUUGUCUGGUGUAUUGGAACCUAUGAAAUACUCUCAAAAAGUGCAAACCCCACCUUCUGGUCCUCUCAGUUGGCUCAUUUGCACCUGGCCAAGAUCAGAUCAGUCCAGUCAAUAUUUGAAUCCAAAACGAUGACGUAUUUGACCCAGGUCUGGUCUGUGUAUAGGCAGAGUUCAGCGUCAUGGCAGCGGGACCGACUCGCAGUAAGACACCUCUGAAUCCAUUAGAGGCCUUUAAAAUGCGUUAUAUUGUUCUCAUAAAAUGAAAAGUGGUGGGCCCCGUCGCGCUGGCGUUUAGCGUGUCUAUGAUAUACGUCUCCCCGUAAAGACGUAUCUCGCUCUCACAGAGACAGGAAGAACCAGGCCCAGGCCCAUAGCCUCACCUCAGAGGGGGGGGGGGACAACACCAACCGACGCAUACCUCUUUCCAAGAUUAUCACGUUCGGGUUCUUGCAGUAUCGAAUUGUGCUUCGUCUUCAAUUUUGAAAUAAAGACGCAAAAGCCAUCGUUCUUUUUAACCACAACAAUGGUCACGGCGGAUUUUAGCGAUUUGUUGUCGCUCUUCGUUUAUUUAUGUUCCGUUUGCGGCCUCUCGGCUUCCGCGGACGCGCGCGACUCAUGGCGGGGUGCUGGGGGACGGGCGGGGGGACACGGCGGCGACGGAGGCCAUUUGGUAUUCUGUUUCAGGGCCGGCGGAUUGUCUUAUUUUGGAAGCGGCGUGGUGGGGGGCUCUGUUUCUGCUGCGGCCGCGCCGGCUCCCGGCUUCAAAGCCUCAAAUUAAUGGGCAACAAAAUAGUGCGGCUCUGUCUGUCCCAUGUGGGGCUAACCCGUCGAGAGUUAUCAUUAAGCUGAGGAAUAAUAAAGAAAGGAGGAGGAGGAGGAGGAGGAUUCCUGCCAGUUUGACAAACCUCAUCAGAUAAUGACCGUUGCAAAUAGCGUAGCGUUUGCAUUUGUGUGUGUUUGCAUGUGUGUGUGAUUGUGUGCACAUGCGUGGACCUGUGUAUGUGUGUGUGUGUGUGUGGGGGCAUGCGUGUAUGAGCACCCUCACCUGUGUGUGUGUGUGUCUGCACGCAUGCGUAUGUGCGAGCACCCCUGUGUGUGUGUGCGUGCGCGUGUGUGUCUGCGCGCAUGCGUAUGUGCUAGCGCCCUCCUCGCCUGUGUCUGUGUGCAUGUGUGUGUGUAUGUGUGUGUCUGUGUGUGUGUGCGCGCGUGCGUGAGUGCGUGCCGUACUUCUUCCUCCUGUCAGAUGGUUUUUCAGACCCAAGGAAAGCGGCGUGGCUGCAGCUGUAUUUGAAGUUGUAAUGGUGUCAAAAAGUCACGGCUGACUGACAGCCGUCAUUCCCAGAGGAGCUCAUUAAAUCAUAAAAAAACUUGACAAGGAAAUAAUUGAGCAUCGCCGACAACUCUGCGCCCGUUUAGAUGUUUUUAUUUUCUUUCAUUAUCAGUUCUGGCUAUUAUGUUCAUUAAGAAAUUGCAUUAAACAACUGUUGGGGGGGGAGGAGGGGGGGGUAAUGAUUUGUUUAUAUCCUUUUUUAUUAUUUAAACAUUAGCCAUGUCGUGAGGCUCCUUGGCUGCCUCGCUAUCAUCUGCUUGGGUUUUUUUUCUCUCUCUCUCUCUCUCUCUCUCUCCCUCUCUCUCUCCCUCCCUCUCUCUCUCCCUCCCCUCUCUGAGCCGCGGGUGCCUUUGGAAUAUGAAAUAGAUUAUUCAUUACCCUCCUCUUUGCCAAUGAUUUGGUUUCAUGUAGUGUCUUCCAUGGAGGAAGAUGAAAACUUGUCAAAAAUAGGUUAUAUCUUAUUCCAAGGGGCAACAACUGCGGCAGGUACAGACACACUUUAAUAUUUAAUUAAGUCUGAUGUUAACCCCCAUAAGUGACUUUAGCUGUGAGUAACAUACAAGCUCUGGAGAGGAAGUUAUUAGUCUUCAUUUGCAGCCUGGACCACAAUCAUCUCGCGUAUCUUAAUCCAGCGCAAAAGACAGCCUUUGUCUUUCCGUCUCUUAAGAGGUUAUCAGAAAUGUGAUCUGAAGAACAAUUGUUUGUUCCAGCCAAUUUUCGAUAGUGCAGUGUCUUUUCGUGCUGUGAAUGCAGUUGUCUCGUUGUUAUUCUUUAUUCCACAUUUGUAAUGAUGAAAACUUAAAAAUGGGGGGAAAAAAAUGAAUACUUAAAAAUAAAUAUAUAUAUAUUUUUUUUUUUUUUGCUGAUUGCAAAACCAGGUAACGUGUAGUCUGCCAUUCAAGUUGUUUGUUUGUUUAUUUGUUUGUUUGUUCCCAGUAAACGCGAAAAGACGACGUGGGGUUGUCACAAUAUUUAGUCAGCGCUGACCGUGUUCUGCUUACACCCCCCCCACGUGUAGGGCGCGUGGAGCUGCUUUCCGCUGAUUUGAAGAUUCUCCCUCCGAAUGAAGCGGACGCUUUAUCGGGUGAUACGCACCUCUCACGCGUUCGUUUUGUGUUUUAAUAGACGCCGAUGUGACAGAUUGCACGCGUUUGAGGGCGUCUUCAGAAGCAGCAGUAAACGGAUAAAUAGAUAACAGUGGGAUCUCAAUGGGAGGCCUGCAUUUCAUCUACGAGCAAGACGCUCGCACAGUCGCUGCCCUACAAGUGUGGCGUGUGUCCAGUGAGAAAUUCACUGUGACGUUUGACAACACCAAUGAGUUUGGCCCCCUUCUCUCUCUCUCUCUCCCCCUCUAUCUUCCUCUCUCUCUCUCCCUCUACCUCUCUCUCUCUCCCUCUGUCUUCCUCCCUCUCUCUCCCUCUGUCUUCCUCUCUCUCUCCCUCUCCCUCUACCUCUCUCUCUCUCCCUAUCUUCCUCUCUCUCUCUCAUGUGUAUAGUCCCUUCAUUGUGUGGCAGUUGUCGGUAGGGGUUCAGUUUUCUGUAAAGCAGGAUUACAUUGUAAAAUUUAGCCAGGAAAUACAGAUUUUUCCUAAAUGGAGUAACACAAUUGCCCAAUCUGUACUGAAUACAUACUUUUGUGACAGUCUAAAACAUGCGUUUGUUGGUUAUUUUUGUCUGCGUGUAAAUACUGCUUAAUUAAAGCAAUUGGAGAGGAAUGACCUCUGGUACAGCACUAUUGUAACAAGCUCCCUGUAAUUGAGCUCUUGUGUUCAUAUUGGUCAGUCGAUUUGGACGUGUUGUAUUUAUCCUUUAAUCUUGGUUGUGUAGAUGAUCUCUCUUUAACCUUCUGCUGUUGUUUUUUUUGUUUAAUAGUGAGCUGUGUAAAUGUGUGGAAUGCAUAUGACCUGUCACAAUGUCAUUAAAAACAGUGUUGCAUUUUGCUGACAAAUA